GGAUAUAGUCAUGUUCUUUGUUAAAAGGUUGUUUUUGACACAGUCAAGGGGAAGAUGUCCUUGUUCUUUCAACCUUGGGAUGCUGUGCCUAAUAAUGUUCGCUGAACAAUUGCAUUGUCAGGUCGGAGGAGAAAGCGAGAAAGCUGACAGGAAGAAACGUCUCGAAUGGCUCAUCUGAACAGAGCUACUGUUCUCUUGAGAAUGGCCCGAUGAACUCGAGGUAUAAGAUGUUCAUCCCACAUCCACAAACCGAAUGAAUAGCUAAGUCGGCAGAACUCGAGGAGGUACGAAGACAGAAAACCAGACGAAAAAAAGAGCCAACAAAAAAUAAACCCAGCCUACCAGCACCCAAGGGAAAAAGCGGCAGACAGAUCUCAAUGGAGUACCGCGGGUUAAAAAUUCACCAUGACAGAAGGCCGCCUGGUCGAAGCAGUCAUCGCAUAAUGGUCUCGCAAUCGGCCCUGGACCAAAGUCGGCGACAAAGGGAAAGACGUCGAAAUCACUCACCUAAGCGCCUAGGCCAGACAGGUCACAGCAUCUACGACCAUGACAUGCGGGCUGCUACCGCGUUCGGAACCGAGACCAAGAAGGGCAAACUGGACAAACUGCUGUCCUUGUUCAAGACAGCCCAUCAUAACCCGUCGUCGAGCCCGGAGCAUCUGGUCUCACACCCCCACUUUACGAGAGUCGACGGGCGGAAUGGCAUCGAGUCUGGCCCGCAGACUCGGCCAUCAACUUCAACGUUCUCUUCAGCCCAGCAUCCGGCGCAACCAAAGGUUGGGACGCAGCUCGACAGAAGCAAACUGGGGAGACUCAACGAGGCACUGCGCUCCAAUCCUGCCUUGGUUGAGCCCCGAUCGACAAGAAGUCACGAAAAAUCUCGACAGGGCCGUACCGCGCCGAGCAGCUCAAGCUCAAGCUCAAGCUCGCAGAAGCCAGUUUUCCGGUUAGAGGUAACACCGCCUUCAGAAAGUCGAGCGGAUCCCGAGACAUCGAGGGACGUCCAGAAGAAGCGCACGCGUCAGUCGCACAGCGCCCGGGAUGAUAGUCAGUUGAAACCGCCAAGAAACAACGUCCUACCGGGAAACUGGCACCGAACUUUGUACCAUCACGAACGAGUGAAUGAUGAAUUUCGGAGAGAAAACCGGCGUCUCGAGAGGGAAAGGGAUGAGCUGAUAAGGGAAAGACAGCGCCUGAAGAAGGAGAAGGAGGAGUUGGCAGCGGAGAAGGAGGAAAUGCGACACCGGUUCAAUUGCUCGUGGCGCAGUUUUCAGUCGUUGCUGGACGAGCUUGGUGAGCUGGAAACCCAGCUGAGCGGGUCGCACAGGGCCCAGGAUGAGUCGGCGUCGCCGAGCGAGCGGUUGAGGAAGAUGGUGGCGAUGGUGGAAGCCAGCCAUACGAGGCAGCUGCAGUCGAUGUGGAGGGAUCACGAACAAACGGUCGCGGAGUUGGUAAGGGAGUUGGAGCGUGCCAAUCGGGCGUUGAGAUGUGUCGUAGCAUCGCGACACGCGGUCGGGAACUCACCGGGCGACCGGGAGUAUGAGAGGAGGAUUUCGAUGAGAUAUCCGGUUCGGAGAUGAUUGAUGUGUUGCAAGAAGGGGUUGGGCUCGAGGUUCGAGGUUCGAGGUUCGAGGUUCGAGGUUCGAGGCUUGACGCUCGACGCUCGACGCUCGAGGCCCAACUCCCGCUGGCCAUCAAUCAUGGUCAAUCAUGGGAUAGUCAGUCUCACCCGCUGGACGGGCAGGCUUCAUUUACG